CCCGGCCAAGAGCGCAGGCGGGGAGCGCGGGACCAAGGCCGGGACGUGGCAGGCGCGGCGCUGCGGAAAGUUUCUCCGGAGUUGAGUGAGCGCGGGCCACGGCCGGCCAUGAACAUAUUCCGGAUCCUGGGUGACCUGAGCCACCUCCUGGCCAUGCUCUUGCUCCUGGCCAAGAUCUGGAGGACCCAGAGCUGCGCGGGCAUCUCUGGGAAGAGUCAGAUUCUUUUUGCUCUCGUCUUCACCACCAGGUACUUGGACCUGUUCACCAACUUCAUUUCCAUCUACAACACAGUGAUGAAGGUGGUUUUCCUCCUCUGUGCCUAUGUCACAGUGUACAUGAUCUAUGGAAAAUUUCGCAAAACAUUUGACAGAGGAAAUGACACAUUUCGCCUGGAGUUUCUUCUGGUCCCAGUCAUUGGUCUUUCUUUCCUUGAGAACUAUAAUUUCACUCCCCUAGAGAUCCUCUGGACUUUUUCUAUCUACCUGGAAUCAGUGGCCAUUCUGCCUCAGCUCUUUAUGAUAAGCAAGACUGGAGAGGCUGAGACCAUUACUACACAUUACCUGUUUUUCCUUGGAUUAUACCGGGCACUGUACCUGGCUAACUGGAUCAGGCGAUACCAGACUGAGAACUUCUAUGACCAAAUUGCAGUGGUGUCUGGAGUAGUACAAACUAUCUUCUACUGUGAUUUCUUCUAUUUGUAUGUGACCAAAGUCCUUAAAGGAAAGAAGCUAAGUCUUCCAAUGCCAAUUUGACGGAUUUCAGAGACGUUCUACACCUUGACAAAGGAUGUGGAGUAGACCACUUAACAUUUCUUCUGGGUGAUUUAUAUGACUGAUCAAAUGUUAAAAUUAAAGCCAGAAAAAGUGUGGAUUUCAACAAAGCUCUGACCGUUCUGAGAGUUUAUCAAUUACCUCUGUUAAAGAGAUAAUGAAAAAUAGGAAACUUAUACAAAUAGGGUGCGUGCUUCAAAUACGUCAGUUGAAAUCUUAUGUGCUUAACGUUAACCAUGAGUGGGUAAAAACUACUGAUCUAUAAAGCCCCAGCACAAGUCUCCAUCGAACAGUACCUUCUGCAUAAGGCAUAGGACCCAAAUGAAAAUCAGUUAAUAUUAGAACUGUGCUACUGUUGUGUCCCCAAGGUAGAUUAAAUUUGGGAAGUCAAGAUCUUAACCUGUGAUAUCCUAAAGGUCUGAAAUGCUAUUUCCCUUCUAAACUGCUGUCAAACCCCAAGAAAACCAAAUUUACCAGCUUUGGCUGGGUUGCUUUAAAACUGGCUUGAUUCUUAAUUGUGGCUUACAAUAGCCCCAAACUCAGUAUUCUAAUAUAAUUAAUCCUAGCGGAUGGGAGGAAACAGCCAGAUUCACACCUACUACCAGCUAUUGUGGCCCACAACCAAUCCCACCUCCCAUUCACAUUUUUAGGUGCUCCAAGACCAACAGUCCAGUAAAGAGAAUUUUCUAGCAAUAAAAAGUUCAAUUCUUAUUGUCAACAGUGUUUUAUUUGUACCUACAAAAGAAAACAAGAUGGUAUCAAAAGGACAAUUUACAAACUAAUUGUAGUAACACAGCUCUUAGCAUCCUGUGCUUGAAAUCACAUAUCCACCAAUCUUUCAAGUCUGAAUGCAACAGGAAUGUGUUCAGAGACCAGCAAGGAUAUGAACAGAGUGCUGAUGCCAAGCUAAAGCAGUCAACCUUUUACAUGAGGAGUCCAUACAAUGAACUGCUAGGGAGGGGUAGGGGAGAAGUCAUCCUGUGUAACUUAAUAUUGAAAUCUUCCCUAAUGAGUUUUGAAAUCAUGGCUGUAAUGACUAGAAUCAAAUAAGGACUCUUCUGCUCAAGUUCUAAGCAAAGACAGAACCUGAAUUAUGAUCAAAAGGCUAGAGACAGUAAAGUUACUCUGGAGCUAUACAGGAAAAGCUCUGCCAGACUGCAAUUGCGCUCAGGCUACAAUAGCUUUUGAAUUUUGGAAUCUGCUAUUGAAUUUAUAUUAUGCCUGCUAGGGG